AUGCAGAUCUCUUAUUGUGUCUAUUCCGUCCUCAAUAAAAUGCCGUACAGAGACCUGGCGGAUAUCAAUAGCGAUGAUACCGCCGCACGCACGUCUCUCGCUCAAGUGAUCAGGGACGCCUGCAUGAACGUGGGUUUCUUCUACAUCAAGAACCAUGGCAUACCAGAGUACGUCAUCUACAACGCCCAUCAGGCGACCAAGGAGUUCUUCGCGCAGCCCGACGAGAAGAAGGCCGAGCUCGACAUCACGAAGAACCCCGGCUUCAAGGGGUACAACGCGGUCCUGUCCAGCAACAACAACCCAGCGAACAUGGGCGACAUGCACGAGGGCUUCGAGUUCGGCUGGGAAGAGAUGGUGCCCAAGGAACGCGACGAGAAGCGUGCAAACGACGGCGUCAUGGCUGGCGCCAACGUCUGGCCGGAAGACCUGCCCAGCUUCCGGACGGACGUAACGCGCUUGAUGCUCACGAAAUGCAGUCACCAUGCGGUGAAGUUGGGGAAGAAGCUCUUCCCUCUCUUUGCCUUGGCUCUCGACCUCCCGCCUGACUUUUUUGAUGACAAGGCAUGCACGCGGAACUCCGCUGCGAUUAUGCGCGUUCUUCACUAUCCGCCUCAGACAGGUCCGAUAGAUCAGCGUGUCAUCGGCAUCGGCGCACACACGGACUGGGAGUGCUUCACGAUACUCUGGCAAGAACCCGACAUCCAGGCCCUCCAGGUUCUCAACUCUAAAGUUCAAUGGGUAGAUGCUCCACCAGUCCCGGGCACCUUCGUCGUCAACAUUGCUGACCAGCUGGCGCGCUGGACCAACGACGUGUUCAAGUCCACCGUGCACCGCGCGAUCAAUAGGAGCGGCGUCGAACGGUACUCGAUUCCUCUGUUCUUUGGGAUGGACUACGACGUGAAGCUCGAGUCGAUACCGACCUGCGUGUCACCAGAGCGACCGUCCAUGUACGAGGUCAUCACAGCAGGCGAAUACGUCAAGGAGCGGCUCAAAGCGACGUACGGAUAUUGA